AUGCAAAUUGGAAGAUUCAGGUUAAUUGUACCUGCAGCUGUGGCAAAGCCUUCGCCAUCUAUAGGUCAAACUUUGGGUCCAUUAGGCAUAAAUAUGGCUGACUUUUGUAAAAAAUUCAAUGAGAGAACCAAGACAAUUAGGCCAAAUGUGCCAGUUCAGGUUCUCAUAACAACACAUCACGACAAUUCGUAUAAAUUUUCACUGAGGACGCCGAGCUCUCAGUGGUUUCUGAGAAGAAUCGCAAGAGUUCCCAUGGGAAGUUCUAAGCCUAAGCAUGAAAUUGUUGGAAAUGUAACCCUUAAAGAGGUUUAUCACAUUGCGAAAUGUAAAUGUAUGGAUCCUCAGCUAAUUGGAACUCCUCUUUAUGUAAUUUGUAAGCGAAUUAUCGGGACUGCAAACGCCAUGGGUAUUAAGGUUACUAGGGAACUUUUACCUGAAUUUAAGAAACGAGAUUAUGUUCCAGUUUCUAAACUAGAUCAAAUGAAAAAGGAUAUUAAAAUGCAACGCCGCUCUGCCAAACGUAUGAAAUCAUAA